AUGACCCAACAAUUACAAUGCAACAUGCUGUAUUUUUUCAUCUGUUGUAUGCUUUUCGGCUACUCGUGGCAGUACUGUUACCAGCUGAAAAUCCUCAGCUUCCGCAGCACCGACACGCCCGAUUACCGACUCGUCAUGAGCUGGCAGAAAAAUAUGACUUUAUCCGCGGCGACGUACGUCCUGAAAGCAGUCGCAACGCCGACCUGGCACGUCCAGCUGCUCCAACUGAACACCAAACGCAAUCAGCUGGGCAAAAUCGAACCAGCGAAGUCGCUCUACAACGCCACCUAUAAGACGUGUGAAUUUUGGAAGUAUGUGAAGCGUAUACGGGUCUUCAACAAUGUUGCACAGCAGCUGCUCUCCAAGAGUGGUGGCAACAUGAGCCUAGAUUGCCCUUUGUCUCUGGGCACGUAUGUCUUCAAAAACGUCCACGUGCCCCCCGACACCAGCAUGCUGAAGUUCAUGUACUGGCCCAACACGAUCUACACGCUGAUCGGCACGAUCUAUGAUCAGCGGCCGGACAAGACUUUGGAGCAAUUAUGCCACUACGAGAUCAACGGCACGGUUGUCAAGUCGUGUUAA